AUGUCAAACAUAGUUCGUCCUGGUGUAAUAUUCGCGAUUGUUUUAGCCAUUAUUCUAGUAGUACUAUUUUUGUUCAUAUGUGCGCGUUUUCAAGAAAGAGCAGCUCGUUAUGUAGCAGCAUCAAGAGCUCGUGAAGAAAGAGCUCGUGAAAUAUUAGCAGAAAGAGCUUAUUUUUAUGCAGAAGCUUAUUACUGGGCAACAAAAGCAGUGACUCCGCCAGGAACCAACAGUGAGUGUUGUAUCUGUUUAGGAGAAUUCGAAAAACAAGACAAUGGUGAUGCUGAUGAUGAUACUAUAACUCUUCCUACUUGCUAUCAUAGGUUUCCCGCGACUUGUAUUAUGUCAUGGUUGUUACUAGCAAAGAAAAACACAUGCCCCUUCUGUCGUACUUGUAUUAGUACCACUUUCAUCAGAUGCAUAUACUGGAACUUUCGACAUCUAAUCAAGCCAUCGUCACAGCUUACAGUUACUUAA